AUGACGAAUGCAAAGCAUAGCAAGGGAGGAAUCAAUGUUGCUGAGAAAGAUUCUUCCAUUGAGCUUUGGCAUAAGAGACCCGGUCAUUUGAGCGAGAAGAGGCUGCAAAUAUUGUCCAAGAAACAACUCUUGCCCGGAGCUAAAGGUACUCUUCUUAAAACUUGUGUUCAUUGCUUAGCCGGAAAAACUCAUAGAGUUGCAUUUCAUAGAUUUCCACCUUCUAGAAGGAGUAAGGUACUUGAUCUAAUGCACACCGAUGUUUGUUUUAUGCGAGAUAAAACUCUUGGUGGUGCAAGCUAUUAUGUUACCUUUAUCGAUGAUCACUCAAGGAAGGUGUGGACAUAUGCUUUGAAAACGAAGGAUCAAGUGCUAGAUGUUUUCAAGCAUUUUCAUGCUGAAGUGGAAAGGGAAACCGGCCUGAAGUUGAAGUGUGUAAGGGCUGAUAACGGGGGAGAGUAUAGAGGUCCAUUCGAAAGCUACUGCAGAUUGCACGGAAUUAAACUGCAGAAAAGUGUACCCAAGACUCCACAACAAAACGGUAUCGCCGAGAGGAUGAGUAGAACAAUUUGUGAGAGAAUCAAGUGUAUGCUCUCACAUGCCAAGCUACCUAAAUCAUUUUGGGGAGAAGCAAUGCGGACAGCGGUUGAUCUAAUCAAUCUCUCACCAUCGGUCCCAUUGGAGGGUGAUGUGCCUCUACGAGUAUGGACGGGAAAGGAAGUUUUAUAUGAACACUUGCGAGUGUUCGGUUGCAAAGCCUAUGUUCAUGUUCCAAAAGAUGAGAGAGCAAAGCUUGAUGACAAAGCAAAGCCAUGUAUAUUCAUGGGCUAUGGGCGUGAAGAGUUUGGGUACAGAUUAUGGGAUCCAAUUGCAAGGAAAAUUGUUCGGAGCCGGGAUGUGAUUUUUCUUGAAGAUGAGACAAGUGAAGACGUCGAAAGGGUUGAAAAGAAGAAAAAUACAGCAGCUGGUCCGGUUAAUUUGGAGCCUAUAUCUCCAUCCCAAAUGCAUGAAAAUGUUGAGGAAGUAGUGCAUGAUGAGCCCCAAGGUGCACUAGAUCAAGAAGUGCAAGGAGAAGAGCAAUUGGAGCAAGAAGAACAAGUUGAAGAAGAGCAACCUUUAUCCGAACCAAGAAAGUCAACAAGAGAUCGCAAAGCUUCCACUUGGUACUCCCCUCAUGAGUACCUAUUGUUGACUGACAGGGGAGAACCCGAAUAUUAUCAAGAAGCCAUGUCUCAUGAAGACAAGGAGGAGUGGAACAAAGCAAUGCAAGAAGAAAUGAAGUCUUUGCAAGAGAACAACACCUAUGAUUUGGUGAAGCUACCCAAAGGAAAAAGAUCACUUAAGAACAAGUGGGUCUAUAAGUUAAAGACAGAGGAAACUAGUUCAAAGCCUCGAUUUAGGGCGCGACUAGUUGUGAAGGGUUUCAACCAAAAGAAAGGUGUUGAAUUUGAAGAAAUUUUCUCUCCCGUGGUGAAGAUGUCCUCUAUCCGAGUUGUGCUUAGGUUGGCUGCAAGUUUGGACUUGGAAGUUGAACAGCUCGAUGUGAAGACGGCGUUUCUUCAUGGUGACUUAGAGGAAGAAAUCUACAUGGAUCAACCGGAAGGGUUCGAGAUUAAAGGCAAAGAAGAUCUUGUAUGUAGAUUGAGAAAGAGCUUAUAUGGGUUGAAGCAAGCACCAAGGCAAUGGUACAAAAAAUUUAACUCAUUCAUGGUAAAAAACGGGUAUGCAAGAACUACCUCCGAUCAUUGUGUGUUUGUGAAAUACUUUGCUGAAAAUGAUUUCAUCAUUCUCUUGCUUUACGUGGAUGACAUGUUGAUCGUGGAUCGGAAUGUUGGAGAGAUUGAUAGAUUGAAAAAGGAGUUGAGUAAAUCCUUUGCCAUGAAGGACUUAGGACCGGCGAAACAAAUUCUAGGGAUGAGAAUCUCUAGGGAUCAAAGGAAUGGAAAAUUUUGGUUGUCUCAAGAAAGGUAUAUUGAAAGAGUUCUUGAGCGAUUUAACAUGAGCAAGGCUAAGGCAGUUAGUACUCCACUUGGAGGACAUUUCAAGUUGAGUGUGAAGCAUUGUCCUUCAAGUGAUGAAGAGAAAGAAGCAAUGAAGAAUGUGCCUUAUGCAUCAGUUGUUGGAAGCUUGAUGUAUGCCAUGGUUUGCACAAGGCCAGAUAUUGCUCAUGCCGUUGGGAUUGUUAGUCGGUUUCUUUCCAAUCCGGGGAAAGAACAUUGGAGAGCAGUGAAGUGGAUUCUUCGCUACUUGAGAGGGAAUGUGGACUCUAGAAAGUCGACUUCUGGUUACAUGAUGACUUUUGCAGGUGCUGCAGUUUCAUGGCAAUCUAAACUGCAAAAAUGUGUUGCAUUAUCAACAACAGAAGCUGAAUACAUAGCCGUGACAGAAGCUUGCAAAGAGAUGUUAUGGUUGAAGAAGUUUCUUCAAGAGUUGGGCAUUAAACAAGAGAGGUAUGUGGUCUAUUGUGAUAGUCAAAGUGCAAUUCAUCUUUGCAAGAAUCCAACUUUCCACUCAAGGUCGAAACACAUAGAUGUUCGAUAUCAUUGGAUUCGUAAUGUUUUGGAAGAGAAGUUGUUGGAGCUCAACAAAGUGCAUACGGAUGACAAUGGUUCGGACAUGAUGACUAAGUCUCUACCAAGUGGAAAACAUAUCUUCUGUCGAGAUGAAGCAGGUUUGGUGGUACCCCCCAUAUGA